ACUUCCAUUUUUGGUUGCAAACGAUAAAUACUUACUGCAACGAUGGAAUAACACAAAAGGAUCCGGAAAACACAACAAGGAAAUACGCCAGAGCGAAUGUCAAUUUUCAACCAGUAAUUCUUGUUGCCUCCCAUAGAGACAAGCUGCAGGAUGGAACUCUGCACAUGCCGGCUUCAUUUUACAGCCAGUUGGAGGCAUGUUUAUCUAAGGAGCAAACCUUGAAAAGGCUUAUAUCACCAUACCGAUAUUUUGAGGUAGAAUGUCCACCAAAUUCAUUGACCCGGAGACAGCAAAACUUGAUUAAUCAUGUAAAAAAGUGUAUCGUGAAAACUGUACAAAAACUGCCGCAUUGGGGAGAAAAGGUUCCCUUAAAAUGGUUUGAACUUGAAAAUAUUAUAAAUCAGAAGAAAGCAAACGGUGAAAAAGUCUUAAAAAAGCAACAGUUGAAAGAAACGGCCAUACUUGUUUCUAUUGACGAAAAUGAUCUCAAUGAUGUUCUUUGUUUCUUACACGAUAUAGGAAAAAUCAUAUAUUUCCAUGUAGAUCAACUUGAAGAAACGGUAAUCAUUGAUGUUCAAUGGUUUGUUGAUGCAUUUAAGUACAUUAUAACUGACGAAAAGCAUUUCGCUCGAAAAGACAGUGAAAACACACUAGUUAAUACUGGAAAAAUAAGCGGACAGUACAUUGAAGAAAUAUGGAAAAACAUUCAAGACAAUCGUGAUGAUAAUAAACAUCAUGAUUUCAUAUUGCAGUCUUAUUUGAAUCAUAAAUAUGACAUUCUACAAUACAUGGACAAACUUGGCUUGAUGACAAGAAUUGAAACUCAAAUUGGUGUUAUUGAGGAGGAGGAGAUGUAUUACAUUCCGAGUAUGAACAGAACCGACCUUCCUUAUGACAGAAAAGAUGAGAUCAGCCGACAGCAAAAAUCACCAAUGAUGGUUUACUUUUUCAAAUCUUAUUUACCCCAUUUUUUCUUCUUUCGAUUGGUCGUCAAUUGUUUAAAAAAAUGGGAAGUUUAUGAUAUAGAAUCUUUUUUCAAAAAUGCUGUAUUAUACAAGGCAGAUGAUGCUGAUCAUUAUUUUGUCAUCGGCGUCAGCAAAACGUCAAUCCAGCUGCAAGUUUUUACUCUUGAAGAAACAAUGGAUCUUAGUGAAGAAUGUGUCAAGAAAAUCAGACAAACAGUGGAGGAAUAUAUUAAGGAGAUAACAGAAACUUUUCACAAGGGAAUAAUCUAUGAAAUGGGUUUUUCAUGCACGGACAUAAAGAUCACAGAAGAAGAUGAAAAAUUCUUCUUGAAAGAGGAAUACAUUUACAAACCAUCCAUGCGUUUUGAGGAGAUAUCAUGUCCAAGACAUCAUUUUGGGCAAGACAGACACAAAAUAGAUAGAAAUAAAAUGCUAAUGUGUAGGUUGCAGAGAAAAUCUGCUUCGUCUCCAAGGGAUAACUUAAAGUGGUUAUCUCCGUAAAUGUUGUUGGUUUAAUGUUGUUAACCCAGGAUUGACUUUGAUCGACAAUACGAGGACUAUUAACA